CCUGAAAACAGGUUGUACCAGGAAGUGAGGUGACUCGAACAAGUGACCCAUCAUCCAAAUAAAAGGUGGACUCGUCAUAUGUUUGAUGGAGAAGUUGGAGCUGGGUGGUUUAGCAGCUGAGUGACAAUGGACACCAUGUCCAGCCACAGCUCCUACCUCCUGCAGCAGCUUCAGGAGCAGAGGAUUCAGGGUCUGCUCUGUGACUGCAUGCUGGUUGUCAAAGGUGUCUGCUUCAAAGCCCACAAAAAUGUCCUGGCUGCUUUUAGCUCCUAUUUCAGGUCGUUAUUCCAAAAUUCCCCCAGCCAGAAGAAUGAAGUGUUCACCUUGGUCAUCCAGGAUGUCAGUGGUAUCGGCCAAAUAUUGGACUACAUGUACACCUCCCAUCUUGACAUCAACCAAGAUAAUGUUCAAGCACUUCUGGACAUUGCCCAGUGUUUGCAGGUUCCAAAUGUUCAGAGCAUGUGUAAUGCUUUUCUCAAGCCUUGUCCUCCACCAGUGGAAAUCCCGUCAUUUUCUCUUCCAGGCAUGCUGAGCUCUGAGCACGACUGCCUAUUAGGGAGCAGUCUUCCUCAUGAUGUUGACCUCCACUGUCCUGCGGAAACCCAGAGGCCUGGCUUCAGAAGUGACAUGGACCACACCAAAAGGAUGCCUGUUUCUGUGCCUAAUGGCAGCUCAAACUGUGACACAGCUAGCAGCACGCAGGCACCAGUAGAAAAACAGCUUGUCCAUGGCUACAAGCUCCGCAAUUUUUACAGUAAGCAGUAUUUCAAACAAAGUGCACUCCAGACUAAUAAUGCAGCCUUAAAUCAAGGCCCAUGCCCUUUGGUGCUGGUGGAAGAGCAGCCGUGUCAGCUUGGAGUCAGCCAGGGAGGCAGCCACACUCCUGUAUGCUCAGGGAACACAGUCCAGCCCAAUCCUCCCUGCACAUCUGUGGCAGUUGAAAAGAACCCUGUCUCUUCCUUAACACCCUCAGAUAAUUUAAACACCCCCAACUCUAACUCAGCAGACUCCAUGCUUAACAAGCCGGUGCGCCCAAAGAAGGCUGUGUAUCUGAAGAAAUAUAACUACCUCCGGUCUCAGAAGGCUUUGGAGGAGAUGUUUGCUGAAUCAACGAGUGAACCCGUCCUCAGCUGUCCCAAAGAGAGUCAUCAAGAAGAGUCUGUGGUCCAGACUAAAGCUUCAGAAGCUCCUGUUGAGGGCCUUAAUGCAGACAGGGAGCAGGUUACAGAGACAGCAACACAAGCCCAACUUCCCAGUCCUCCACAUGCAAACGAAGAAGAGCAAAAUCCGAAAACGGUGCCAGAACUACCGCAGCAGUUUGGAAACAAGCAGUAUUGUUGUGAGGUGUGUGGGAAGAUCUUCAAACACCCCAGCAACCUGGAGCUGCACAAGCGCUCCCAUACCGGUGAGAAGCCCUUUCAGUGUAAUGUUUGUGGGAGAAACUUCUCACAGGCUGGAAAUUUACAGACACAUUUGCGGCGACAUUCUGGUGAGAAACCUUACAUCUGUGAGUUAUGUGGUAAAAGCUUUACUGCAUCAGGGGAUGUCCACCGUCACAAAGUGGUCCACACAGGAGAGAAGCCACAUCUGUGUGAUAUAUGUGGUCGAGGAUUUAAUAACUUGAGUAAUCUCAAGGAGCACAAGAGGACUCACGCCACAGACAAGACAUUCACAUGUGACCAGUGUGGAAAAUCCUUCAACACGCACAGAAAGCUUCUGAAGCACAAGGCCCGCCACACUGGGGAAAAACCACACAGCUGUGCCACCUGUGGGAAGUGCUUCAUCGGCUCAGGGGACCUGCAGCGUCACAUAAGAUCACACACUGGUGAGAAACCUUACAUCUGUAGCGCCUGUGGAAAGAGCUUUACCCGCUCUGCCAUGUUAAGAAGACACAACAACAUGCAUUGCAAGGGAGCCCCAGCCAACAGCCCGGUCACCGACAACUCCGACCCAUCUCCUAGCUCCGAUGAAGCGACCUCGUUCCCCAAACCUGUCAGCCACACUAAACCUCCUGCCGCAACUGGUGAGCAGCAUUUCCCCAACAUGAUGUCCCAUGCGGGGUUAGAGAAACCCUCACCGCCUACUCCUUCACCGCAACAACCAACACCACAUAUAGAGACGCCACCUCCCAGCAUGCACCUCAGCCCAGCUUCCACCCCAACCCCCCUUCCAGAGCUGCGCUCGCUGGUACCCCAUCACCUCCUCUCCUCCAAUCACCAGGAGAGAAGUGCAGCCCUAACUGCCACAGAUCAGAUGAAGCUUGCCAAAGCCCACCUGUCUCAGGAGGCUGUGUAUGGGCCCUAUGUGGAGAAUGGGAAUAUGUCAGUUGAGACGGGCAGAGGUCUGAUGGGGAGACCCUACCUUCCUCCCACAGACAAUCACUGCAGUUCCCUCACUUCUCCUAGCAGGCCCAAUAGUGGGUCCUACAGGUCCACUGAAGGCCAGUUUAUCUCCAGUGUAACUCUGUGGGGCCUUGCAAUGAAAACGCUGCAGAAUGAUAAUGACAUGGAGUAGUAAAAUGUUGCAUUUGAGAGAGUGUGCACUUUUCACUGAUGUUUAAUUAGUUUUGAUAAUUACCAUAUGGCCCAUGAUUGGUUAAAACUGACUUAACACACAAAUGGUAGCGCCUAUGAUAAAGCAAACAAAUAAAUAAUGGGAAUUAUUCAGUGG